AAAAAACGUUAGGAGAACAAAGAAAUCAGAGUCUAUUUAAAGAGCAGUCUCCUCGGAUCCUGCAGCCGUGUGACUCCCUGCCCGUGCAGCUCCUCCGGACGGACGGCGCGAGGAUGCAGACUUCUCUGCUCGUGAGCUGCUGCGUCUUUGCGCUGACAUGCCUCCACAGCACGCGCUGUGUUCCCGCGCGGGGGGCCGGCAGGUACAAGGUGGCACCGGUUUCUGAAAAGUACCCGGAGCUGAAGAAGAGGGGGAAGGUUCCUCACCCUCAGGACUUAGUGAAGGAGGCGAGUCACCCGACCAACACCUCGAACACGUGGAACCGACCUCGCUGCGGCGUGCCGGACUACCCCGCUCAGAGGGAGGUGCACUACCGAGGACGACACCGACAGAGACGCUUCGUCCUGUACGGAGGACGUCUGGAGAAGACGGACCUCACCUACAGGAUCGUCCGGUUCCCCUGGCAGAUGGGCGAGGAGAAAGUUCGCAGGGUGUUUCGGGAAGCGCUGAAGAUCUGGAGUGACGUCACGCCGCUCACCUUCACGGAGAUCCACAGCGGGAAGGCCGACAUCCGCAUCGACUUCACCAGGUACUGGCAUGGAGACAACCUUCCCUUCGACGGCCCGGGUGGGAUCCUCGCUCACGCCUUCUUCCCCAAAACGCACCGUGAGGGCGACAUCCACUUCGACUACGACGAGUCCUGGACCCUUGGGAACCACAUGGGUACGGACCUCCUGCAGGUCGCCGCCCAUGAGUUUGGGCACGUCCUGGGCCUGCAGCACUCCCGCGAGCCGGGCGCCAUCAUGUCCGCGUACUACUCCUUCUCCUACCCGCUGAGGCUGAGCGACGACGACAAGCAGGGCAUCCAGUACCUGUACGGGGCUCACCCUCAGGUGCUGCCCUCGCCUCCUCCCCCGCCGCCGCCACCGCCGGCAAACCCAGAGACCAACGAGAUCGUCACGAGUGUGAGUGGAUCCAAACGUUCAAACACAGGGGGGCUUUGUGGGAGGAUUUAAGGUGUUGGAGUUUAAAAUGACACUUAAGCUAAAAAUAACGACUUCUUUUUAAACAGGAUCAAAAGAAACGAAAACUCAACAUAAGCUUCACAAACAUUUAAAUCACAUCAUCAAACGAGUCAGUCUGCAGGUUUCUGACAGGUAUCUGAGUUUGGAUCAU